CCCCUGCCCUUGUUUACAAGGUAUCUGAAAAUACACCGUAUAUGUGUUUGUUGUCGCAUAUAAACGUGAUGGAAACAUCUGCGCGAUGCUGAAUUGAGGAACUGGUGGUGAUUAUUAGCAGUAACAACAACAGCAGCUGCUUUAAAUGCGUUUCGUGAUCUGCUGGUAAGUGAAACCAAUGCAAAACAUCAAGGGUAGGCGAUGGAGCUCCCAAACUACGCCAAUCAACUGCUUCUCCAGCUCAAUCAGCAGCGCUCCAAGGGCUUCCUGUGCGAUGUCAUCAUCAUGGUUGAAAACACGCUCUUCCGGGCCCACAAAAGUGUCCUCGCCGCCACCAGCCACUACUUCAAGUCCCUUGUCCUUCAUGAUAACCUAAUCCACCUCGACCCUGACAUGGUGGAUCCAGUUGUUUUCCAGCAAAUUCUGGAUUUCAUUUACACCGGCAAGUUGGAAGAAGAGACCUUUGAUGGUGUGGAUAUAAGCUCUCUGCUCACCACAGCUAACUUUCUCCAGCUCAAUGACCUCGCAAACCUCUGCUCCAGUAAGAUCAACCAAAAUGGGUCCCUCAAUAGCGGUGCUCGUGGAAGCUCCAAGUUUUCAAUUCACCUGUACGAAGACCACUCAUCAGACACUGAAACAUACACGUGUAUGACGCCUCCCAAAAAACGGCAUAACGCCGAAAGCAGAUGCAUUUCAAGGAAAAAGCAGGAGUUGUUGUUGGAUUUGUCUAAGAAAAAUUCUAAUUCUGAGACAACAGCUACCGACAAAGUUUUUCAGUCUAGACCCAUCUCCAACAAUAUGGCAAUAAAUAUGAAGUGUGUUCCAAAGGAAGAGAAGUGGAUAAUUCCUUUGGACGGAGCUCAGGAAAGAAAAAGGGCGGGAUCCCGAAGAAAAUCUAAGGUCAAUGGUUACGUUCCUCCUAGCAGGUCUGGAAGUCAAUCAAGCCAGAAUCAGACCUUCACUUUACAGUUGUCUGUAAAGAAAGAGAAAGGAAUAGGAGGGAAAACAGAUGAAAUUGAGGGCCAAAAACCAAACAAUGGCAGCACCAAUUUUGUUUAUCAAAAGGAGACCUUUCUCAAAGAAGCUGAAGGGGACAACCCUUAUGUUUGUAUCCCAUGCGAAAAGGGUUUUCCCUCCUCAGAGAGUCUUAAAUCCCAUGUGGAAAGCCAUUUGGAUGAAGAUGUGGAUGUGAAGGUUGAGGAUGAGGAGGAAGAGGAACGUGACGGAGAGCCUGGAGUCACCAGAGUUUCACCAGAAGCUCCCGAGAGCUUGGAGCAGAGUCCGGUGAAGUCCCUCAAAGAUGUCGACACCGUGCGUCCCUUCCCUUGCAACAUUUGUGGCAAGAUGUUCACGCAGCGCGGCACUAUGACCCGCCACAUGCGCAGCCACCUCGGUCUAAAGCCAUUUGCGUGUGAGGAGUGUGGCAUGCGCUUCACCAGGCAGUACCGACUCACUGAGCACAUGCGUGUCCAUUCAGGGGAGAAACCGUAUAAGUGCCAGGUCUGUGGUGGGAAAUUUACGCAACAAAGAAACCUCAUUAGUCAUAUGCGGAUGCAUACCUCAGUAUCUUAGAACAGAUCAAAGAGCCCUACACUAGGAUAACACAGAUGCCCACAGUUCUCCAUAGUGCUUUUGUUUGGGUUUUAUUUAACUAGGGUUCAGUUUUCCAACAAGUUCUCCAGAACACUACAAAGAUUCCUCUAGAUCCUCUUUUCAGGGGUUUUACUUUUUGAGCUAAUGAAGGGUCUUUAGUCUUACCCACAAAUUUUCUAUGAUUCUGCAAAGAGUCAUCUUAGUUAAAAAUUAAACCUCUGUAGUGUAAUCUACAACACGUGUCAAACUCUGGUCCUGGAGGGCCACUGUCCUGCAGAGUGUUGCUUCAAAACGCCCGUCUGGAAGUUUCGAGUAAUCCCAAAGACCUUGAUUGGCUGGUUCAGGUGUGUUUAAUUUGGAUUGGAGGUAAAUUAUGCAGGACAGUUGGCCUUCAGGAGCUGAAUUUAACGUCCCUGAUCUAAGGUACUAUUUUGGAAACACAUCCUACAAAGAUUCCUCUAGCUUUUCUCCACAGAGUUUACUAAUUGAGCUAAUUUAGGGUUCAGUUCAGGCCACACAUUCCCUAAAAUGCUACAAAAAUCCACUAGAUCUUCUCUACAGCGUUUUUUUUAUUUAUUUUUUACAAAAACAGUGUCCACUUUCACCCACAAAUCUCUAAAAAAAAUGUAACAAAGAUUCUUCUACCCCAAAACGGAAGCUUCGGAAGAUCUAUAGCAGUCUAGAUCUCUUCUCUAAGUUUUUUUCUGGGGAUCCUACACCAGGGGAGGGCAAUGGAUUGCUGAUGUCCUGCAGAGUUUAGCUCCAACCCUUGUCUUUAGCCUUAGUAAUCCUGAAGACCUUGAUUAGCUUAUUCAGGUGUGUUUGAUUGGGGUUAGAGCUAAACUCUGCAGGACAGCGCCACUCCAGGACCGACGUUGCCUACCCUUGUCCUACACCAUUCUACACCAUGUGUAGGACAAGGGUAGUCUAAAUGAGGAGGACACCAAAAUGCAAAGUGGUGGACAGGUUUAAGCAGCACUGAUCAAGAUUAGGGGUAGUCAGCUUUGCACCUGGAAGGCUACUUUCCUGCCGGCUUCAGUUCCAAAUCUGCGUCAACACAAUUGGAACACCUUGACUAGCUGGUUCAGGUGUGUUUGGUUAGGGUUGGAGGAUGGUAGGGUCACUCAAAUUCAGACGUGGAGGCCCUGCAGGGUUUUGCUUAAACACUGAACAACUUACCUACUUGUAACUCUGCAUACCUUGGUUUGAUUCUUCAGGUGUCAUUGAUUAGGGUUGGUGCUAAACUCCUAAUUUGUGGAAAACUGAUCUAUGAAUCGAAUUCAAGAAUUAUAAUUCUGAGGAUUUGUGACUAGAACUAAAGCCUAAAUUUUCUCAAAGAGGGAAUCUUUGUAAUCUAUUCUAGAGAUCAGCUGUGGCCACAAAUCCUCUAGAAUUCUCUAAAGAUUCAUUUAGAUCUGCUUCAGACACUUUAUCUUUUGAACUAAUACUGGAUUCCGUUUGGAUCAAGAGUCAUUUAUAAUUUAAUCGAAGAAUCCUCGCCAAAGUGAAAUCCUAGAUGAUCUCAAAAAAGGGAACCUCUGUAGUCUAUUGUAGGGUUGAUGUUUGGCUACAGUCCCUCUAUAAUAAUAAAGAGAUUCACAGAUAAACCUUUUGAGCUAAUCUAGAAUUCCGUUUGCAUCACAUUUAGAAUUCUACAAACAGUUCUCUAGAUCUUCUCCGUACUGAUUUUUCAUUCACAAAUUCUCCCAAAAUCCCUUUAGUUCAAAAGACUUCUGUAGAGAAGAUCCAAAGCAUUCUAUUUGUGGCAUUCUUUCUAGAUAGUUUAAUCUAGGGUUCACAAGCGAUUCUCUAUCAAGUUUACUUUUUUAAGCUAAUCUAGAGUUCAGUUUCCACAGCAAAUCCUCUAGAAUGCUAUAAAGAAUUAUCUAAAUCUUUAUAAUAGGAUGGCAAUGCCAUUCCCUGAGAAGCAUAAAAAUGCCAACGUCAUCCAAUACCUGCUGUUAUACCUCUUUCUUCAUACCUUCUUAUUAUUGUGCAUGAAUUGUUUGUUAUUGUUAGUGUGUAGCUAAAAACUAUCAAGUUUAUCCAGUUAGCGAUUGUAGUUUAAUCGAUUCAAAUGAAAAUUACCUCAAAUAGCGAGUAAUCCUCUCAGACCUGAAACAGCCGAAUGUUCCUGGUGAUACCAGUUAUUUUACAGCGGUGACUUGCGAAUGUAAUUUAGGAGUCAUGAUCGAGUUUAUGCUUCAGAAACAGACGCUGUAAUAAAGCUAUCUGGGUUGUUUACUUGAAUACACAAACUUGCUACCUCAGAUUAAACCAAACCCUCUGAUUAGCCUGCAUGAGAUUACAAAUCCAUAUUAGAGAAGAUAAACUACACGGUGUCUUCCAUAUUACAGUCACUCUUUCUAGUUUAAUUAAUGAGCUUAAACUGACAUCUGAUUCUGAACCGAGGAAAACACACUGCCUGUGUUAAUAAACACUUUUCAGGGGGUCAGGUAAUACUUCACCGUAGUAGGGUUGCGAUCUGAGCUCGUGAAGUUGUAUUGCUUGAGUGAUUAGGGUGCUUUGAUGUACAGUUCCAAAGAAAUAUUGAAUGUUGAAAUGCUUAAGAAAUACUGUAAAACUAUAACCAAAUCUAUAUUCUUGCUAAAUAUUUAAGUCUAAUUUAAUUCAGGUUUAUAUCAAGUCUUUCUUCUUUCUUUUUUUUCAAGGGUUUUUCUUUUGGGGUUUUCUUGCCUUUUCUUAUUUUAAUGCUUCAACCAAUGGCUUAAUUUAUACAGCAUGUUGUCCAUAUUUUCUUGUGGCUUGUGCAUUAUUCUUAUGAAUUAAAAAAAAAAGUUAGGUUUAGCAGAUUGCAUUCAUGCAUUAAGUGUUGAAACGAGACCAAAAGCAUAAAAUCAAUUCCUAUACUGUAAAUAUCUUUGGGUAUCUUGACGUGUUAUUAUUAUGAGUUGAUAUAUCAAUGAAACUUUUACUUAAUCGGAGAUUAAAUAAUUUUCUUAUUGUGUUUUGAUUUCUCUACACCAUGUUGGGUUUAAACUACCUCUGGUUGGGUUUUUUGUAUGGGUUUUCAUCAUGCCGGAGGGCUUUUUAAACGAUACCUAAUUUCGAGGUUGUAUUCAUUUGUUAUCUAGUAAUAUCAAAAGAGGUACUUUAAUUAAAAGAUCAACUAGCCUAAGAUUUGAUGUGCUGAAUUGACUUUUCGGGCACUAUUUGAUUGUUUUGUGCUUGCUUUUUCUCUAUUUUUGCUUUAUAUUAAGAUGAUUAUUUGACACUGUAUGUAAAUCAAUAGGAUUCUAGAAUAUUCAGGAACUUUUUAAUACAUAAUGGGACUUGAAACUGAACUUCAAAACUGUGACAACACUUUGAUUUGCAUCCUCUGCAAACCUCAGGGAACACUUUUGGGACACGUCCCAGUUCACUUUUUGAACCAUAAAGCGCCAUUUAACCAAUGUUUUUGCAGCUAUAUGUCUGUUUUUCGAUUUAGAUAGUUUCAAUAUUCUCCACAAUGGACACAAUGCGCCUUCAGGAGGUUAGGCAGCUCUUUGCAUUUGCAGUACUGGUUUGUGUGUGUGUACAUGUAUGGUCUUGAUGCGGUUUUCAAAUGCUUUUGAAAUGUCAAGUAGUUUGUUCUGAAAUGAUGAUGCUUGAGCAUUUGCAACCCGUUUAUGAAAACCAAAGCACAUUUUCACUCUUUGAAGAAUUUAAGGUCCUGUUGUAUGUAACAUUGUUCUCAGUAAUGACAUGAAAUAAAAUUAAAUGCUGAUCAAACAA